CCAUGGGGGAGUAUCAACAGCAGGGCUCCGACAAAACGUGUGGUGUGCUCUCUCUCUGAUGAGAAAUGCGCACUGGAGCCAUUUUUUACACAUUUUUAAAGUCAACUUCAAAUUAUCUCUCACGAUUAAAGGCACUUUCGGCAAGUUUGGACUAAGAAGAUUGCGGACAUCAGGAGCCAGUGCGUGGAAAGUUUAAACGGACUUUAAAUGAACUGGUGUUGGACUCAUAUGAGCGGCCUCGGUUGAUGGAUUUUAUUCAAGAAGUUUUGAUAAAAGGUCUGAUUUCUAUGGACGUCCAGGAUUAAUUUGAUUUUCUUUUGAAACCCGCGCACGGACUCGGGGAAAAAAUGUGACCACCUGCGCUCUGCUCAACACCGCCUUCUUCUUCUCCUCCCUCUUAUUAUUGUUAUAAUAAGUCUUUCUUUUACCCCACUUUCCACCUGGAGAAAGGUAUCAAGGUUAAAUUAUUGCUGCAAGACGAACCUGAAAGAAGAGCAUCAAUGGAUUGAUGGAUUGUACUUUCAGCUUCAAGUGAAAAGUGCCUCAAGCAAGGUUGGGAGAUGUGUGAAGGAGUGUGACGGACGGCCAUGGGACUGGAGGGACGGUGGCUUCAGGCUGUCACCACCGCUGUAGCCAUCUGUCUGCUAAGUGUGUCUCAAGGCGUGGAGUCGGUGGUUCGUGCCAGAGAGGGGGCCACUGCGGAGCUCGGCUGUAGUCUCACGCCAACAUCCACAGAAGCCACCACCCCGAACCUCUUUCCACUGCACGUUGUGGAAUGGGUUCGUCUCGGUUACAGCGUUCCCAUCCUCAUCAAAUUUGGAGUGUACGCUCCUCGCGUUCAUCCAAACUAUAAGGGCCGUGUGUCCCUGACCCGGGGUGCCUCUCUGCGGCUAGAACGGCUGACCCUGGAGGACGAGGGCUGGUUCGAAUGUCGCAUCCUCCUCCUGGACAGCAAGACCGACGACUUUCGGAACGGGACGUGGACCUUUCUCUCCAUCACAGCUCCUCCCGUGUUUAUUAAGACACCGCCGACUUUUGUGGAGGUUCUGCUCGGGGACUCGCUGACUCUCAGCUGUGGAGCCCAUGGCAACCCUCGACCAACGGUUGUCUGGCAUAAAGAUGAGAGCCCAAUUGAGAAACAUGAAAAAAUAAAAGUGCUCAAUGGUACUCUGUCUCUGGCCUCCGUCACGAGAAAUAUUUCAGGAGUGUAUAAAUGUCACGUGUCCAACUCAGAGGGGAACCUGACCCACUAUAUGCAGCUGCAGGUCAAAGGUCCUCCAAUCAUCAUCAUUUCCCCUGAGGACACCACGCUCAACAUGACCCAGGAUGCAGUCCUGCAGUGUCAGGCUGAUGCCUACCCUUCAAACCUCACCUACGAGUGGAUGAAACAAGGACAGAACGUUUACCAUAUUGAGUCGCUGAAGUCCAGAGUCAAGAUUUUGGUAGAUGGAACACUUCUUAUUCCUAAUCUCAUCCCAGAAGAUGCUGGGAACUACACCUGUAUUCCAACUAAUGGGUUACUGACGCCGCCUUCAGCCUCUGCACAUCUCAAAGUGAAACAUCCUGCACGCAUUGGCCGAAUGCCACGGGAAACAUAUUUGCCUGCGGGCAUGGAGGGAGUCAUUGUUUGCCCCGUCCAGGCUGAUCCUCCUGUGCUGUAUGUCAACUGGACCAAAGACGGGAACGAUCUGAAUCCUGAUAAUUUUCCAGGUUGGAUGGUGAACUCGGAGGGCUCUGUUUUCAUAGCUACAGCCAAUGACAACGCUGUGGGCAUGUACACAUGUACGGCCUACAACAGUUAUGGCACCAUGGGUCAGUCUACACCCACCCAGGUCAUUUUAAAGGACCCACCGUCAUUCCGAGUGCCUCCCCGGCCCGAGUAUCUCCAAGAGGUGGGCCGAGAGUUGAUCAUCCCUUGUGAAGCCGUCGGAGACCCUCCUCCAAACAUAACCUGGAGCAAGAUUGGCCCUACUCCACGUUCGCCGUACGCUGUGUUGGCUAACGGCUCCCUCCUGCUGCAGCCCCUCAGCAAAGAUCACCAUGGGGGCUGGGAGUGCUUGGCCACUAAUCGUGUGGCGACUGUCAGUACAGGCACUGUGGUCACUGUGCUGGGCACUAGUCCUCACGUUGCAUCCUCAGUGUCAGUCACUACAGAGAUGAACCAGGCGAACGUGUCCUGGGUGCCUGGCUUCGAUGGUGGAUUCACCCAGAAGUUCACUGUAUGGGUCAAGCAGGCGUCCAGGGGGAAACAUGAAUGGGCGUCUUUGCCUGUGCCAACAUCCAAAAACUACCUGCUGGUGACGGGGCUAAUUGCUGGCACCGGCUAUCAGUUCAGCGUCCUACCUCAGAAUAAACUUGGCUCUGGACCUUUUAGUGAAAUCGUAUCUGUGCGAACACAAGCUGUGCCAACAGAAGUACCUACAGUUGUCACCUCUCCCCCAAUCCCGGAUCCUCCAACACUCCUGUCAGCCAACCGGACUGGACAAGGAGUUGUCCUCCAGUGGAUGCCUCCUCACGUCCUGUUGUCUUCACUGACGGGUUAUGUGCUGCAGGCCCGCAGGGAUCUGGGACAGUGGGUCAUCCUCAACAGCAAUAUCGACGCCAACCAGAGUGAAAUACUUGUACAAGGACUGCUUAGGGACUCUACAUAUGAUCUGAGGUUGAUGUCUCGCAGCAACAAAGUACUCAGUGAACCGAGCGAGUCCGUCAAUAUAUCCACUGCAGGGAUGGAGAUUUACCCCCUACGUCCCAGUUUCCUGGAGGUCAUACCUGAGCCGCUGUUAGCCGGUGUGUUGGCAGGAGUGUGCUUCCUCUUUGUUGCCAUCAUCCUCUCGUUGGUGACAGCCUGCUACAUGAGUCAACGCCGGCAGCGUAGACGCAAACAGAGAAGACGAGAUCUACCGUCUGCCUUCCAGAAGAGCACUUCUGAAGAAUCUCGCUCACCUCCUCGCAGCCCAGACAGUGUCCUGAAGUUGAAGCUUUGUCCACCGCUUCCCUUCUUUCCCAACAACUCGUCCUCACAGUCUGACCGAUCCUCCUUUGAGAAAGGCAGCCGUGGGGAAUACCACGACCAGCGGAAGCAGCUCUUGUCCAACUCGUCUCCACCACCUCAUUACACACUCUUUGAGAGUCACCUGGGGUCACAGGCGCCCUCACCAACUGCUCUGGAGUCCAUUUCCAGAGGCCCAGAUGGCCGCUUCAUUGUCCAGCCACUGCCAGAGGGUUCCAGUCCUUCCAAUAGGAAAACUGCGAAAAAGGACGUCCUGCAAAGCAACGGUGGGGCUAGUGGCUCAGGGAGCGCCAGGACAUCGUUCCGGGACUCUCCGAAGUCAAGCAUUUUGAGCUCAGAUAAGGAUGAGAGGAAGGAUUCUCCUCUCACCGUGGACGUCCCAGAGCUGAGCAGGCCUCCUUCUUCCCCUGGAAGAGUGCGGGCCAUGGCCAGAAACUUCUCCCGUCACGGCUGCUUUUAUUCGGACGAUGAGCAAGGCUCAGAGGCUCUUUUGGAAAGAGCCAGCUUUUAUUCGGACAACAGUGAGAAAAAGCCCAGUGAUUCUCUGAGGAGGCAUCGCAUGCCAGGCCACGCUGAAGACCUUUUCCCCAGUUUGGGGAGAAGAACAAAGCUCGUGGAUAGAGACAGAGAGAGAGCACACCAUUCAGGCUACCAGCCGAUGGAGAGUCAGUUGACUGAUAACAGCACCCUGGUCUCACAACUUGACAGUGGGUUGGACAGGGACAGUAUUAACAAGUGUGUCCAGUUAGCGAAAGAGAGGGAAGAAAUGGAGAGAGAGUUGAAGAUCUACACGGCCGAUCAAAGAAGCCGCAGUCGUGGGAGAGAUGAGCAUAAGUGUAAAACAACACAAAGCCCUCAAAGGGAUUCACCCAAGUCAGAGGAGGAGCCUGUUUGGAAGCCGUUAGAUGUUAAUAUAAGACAGAAACACAGGUCCUCAGGUCAGACAAGUCGGGUAUCUGAAUAUAGGAAGGCGUGCUACUUUGGCAGCACCAGCAGUCCCAUGGACCGGCUCCCUACGUCUCGCAUACAAUGGGACAUUAGCCCCGUUUCAUCCAUCACCAGCCUCAUUCCUGUGCAGAGUCCUCGGGAGGCCACGUCGCCCAGGUCACCACAUCCCCGCACAUGUAGAGAAGCCACACAAGACUCUCUUGCUAUUGAUUCAUCGCGCUCUCCAGUCACCCAGAACACCUCCCUCCCCAUGCUGUCCCCUGACGUCACCACUGAAACCCCAGGUCUGUGUUUAGAAACACCAGACAGAGCCAGGUCAUUGAGUCCUCAGAGAACGUCUGACAUGUGCGUGACAGCUAUCACUGACCAGGGGUUAACAGAAAAGACACAGGGUGGAGGUGUUGCUUCAAGGUCCAGACAUUCGUAUGCUUACACAAGCACUCAGCCCUGGGAUUCAUCUGCCAGAAGUCCUGACGAGAGACCUAAAAGUUCAGCUUCUGCACAAUAUAAUCAGCCUGAAAGAACUGCAGACGUAGACCCCAUGGCCACAAGGCAUCCCAGCCCCUCUAGUUAUUCUACCUUACCCUAUGAACAUCAUGAAGUGGGGGCAAAGGCCAAAGAUAGAGAGACAAGAAAGAGUGAGACUCAGGACGGCCGACGAAGUUCAGGGUUUUACCCUGAGUUAGAGAGAGAAGGCGUCCGCACACGAUCCAGGAGGAGUGACCGGUGUCUUUUCUCUGACAGUCCGAGUCCUAUCACCACCUUAACUCUUGUUGAAGAAGAUAACGGUGACCAGUCUCAAUUUUUGGUCCCCAGAAUGUCUGACUCCUUCAAGGAAAAACCUGCAGCACCCUCGCCCAGUGUGUCCCCACUACAGACAAGUGCAAUUCUCGAAUACCUCAGUCUUCCAGGCUUCAUCGAAAUGAGCGUAGAUGAACCGGUUGAAGAAGCUGAAGUAACAGGCACCUCUGGACAAAGUUCACAGCUGAAGCCAGAUAACUCUGUGGUGGCUAAGCCUGAUGUUGUUCCUAAAAACUGGGAGGUUCACGUUCAGAAAAACCAGGAACCUGGUUCAAAACAAGAGCUUUCCUUCGAUCAGGCUCGCCUCGCGGGUGCUGCAGAAGUCAGCCUAGGUGCUAGUAAAAAACAAGGCUGCCAACGUUCCCUCCAUGCUGAAGCUAGAGUACGAUUUCCUGACGACGAAAGACCAUUUUCACCCGGUCCAGAAAAAACUAGCAAGCAGCUGCAUGAUGAAAAAACACAAAUUCGAGUUGGGCAUAAAAACCCAGACAUGCCUGAAUCCAGACUUGGAUCCAGGUCGGCUCACACCUUGUUCAGCGCAGCUAAAGGCAUGGCGGACAUAGUGUCGAAACACACACACAGUUUUGUAGACAACAGUGAGCUUUCCUCCGAGCAAUCCCAAAGACAUGCUUCUCAGGGCAGCAGAGCUAAUAACAUUGCAUCGCGAAUAACUCAAGCGCCUGUGCCAUUUUUAAGGAAAUCCUUAAGCAUAGGCCCUUGUCGGACCCUCUCAGGCAUGGGGCAGCCUCAGCCUUUCCUAAAGAAAUCCAUCAGCUUAGGCUCGCAGAGGUGGGAGCACUUUGAGACCCCGAGGACUUAUAUAUCUGAAAGGUGCUACUGGGACGAGUUCCCAAACCCAGAUGUCAGAGUGAAAUCUUACAGUUUGGGCCGCACGCCAGCUUCCUUCCCCAGGCCAGGCCCUUCCUGGAGGGAGUAUGUCCCAUUCAGGCGCCCCAGCAUGGAGAGCAUGGAGAGGCCUCAUCACCUACAAAGACCUUUAGCCAGUCCUUCCUACCUCACCCCUAUGUACCCACCCAGACCAACAUCAACCUCCCCCCUGCUAGAACCGUCUGAUCCUCGACGGCAAGCCGCCGUUUUCCCAGAGUCCUCCAGGUGGUCUCCCUCCUACCACGAAACUCUGAGGUCUGCGCAGCAUAAAUACAUCCCCAUGCCCUCCUCCAUCCCUGUCCCCUAUUACCAGCACUGGCCAGGGUCGAGACGGGAAAGCCCGAGACCCGUGGACGCCAGGAGAGGCCCUCCGAGGUCCUACCUGCCCAGGGGCAUUAGCUGGCCCUCACCUUACUAUGCCCCCUUCCCGCCCAGAGAGGUGGAGAGCUACAGGCAGCCAGACAGGAUGAUGGGGAGGGGAGGGGAAACAGAGAUGCGGGAGGUCAGGGAUGGGGGUAGGGCCAGUUACGCCAGUCAGAGCAGCGGCAGAGGUAGCGCUGGUCUCUUCAGACAGUCUCUGUCCGUCACUCCCACUCUGCUCAGCUCCCCGGAAACCACAGAGGAAAACGAGCGGCACAGAGCUGAGAUGGAGCAUCCUGAGAGAAGAGCGAAAAGAAGGAACACAUCAGUAGAUGAGAGUUAUGAGUGGGACUCUGCUGAUGCCUGUGUGGACUCGGAGGUCCUGGAGGCCACACAGUUUGAUCAGCCACAAACGGGUGAUCGGAGAGGCAGAGGGGAACUUAGGUCUGAUCAAGCCGUUGGCCUCCAGGACCAGAGACAGAAAGGCCCGUCUCCCUCAGUCAGCCCGCCAGUUUUCAACCCACCCCGCUGCCGCUACAGCCGCUCCCUAAGCGAAGCACGCUUCAACGCUCUCCGCCUGGAGUAUCAAGAGUACAGGCGGGCUCAGGAAUCCGUCUGUUCCCGUGAGCCCUGCCUCACCCCCGGUCACGAUUCAGACUCUGACUCCAGCUCGGCACUUCUCUAGCAGCCCCCAACUCGGUGGAUCCAAGACAGAUACCAAAUAGCAGUUCUAAUGGAGAGAUGACAGCACUGUGGUUCUGAACAGACACACCUCACUGACACUGUGUCAUGUUUAAAGUUUUUAUCCCGUUACAGGAAGUUAAAGUUAAGACAUUUAAAGAGACGGUACUACUUUACGCCAUCAGAUGUGACAUUGCAUCUUCUGGGGUGUUUUCAGAUGACGCGUUCUUUCUCAUAUUUGUUCCACUGAGUUUGUCAUAAUGAAUCUGAGAUGGAUUUAUUUAUUUUUUAUUUUUCUAAGAAGCCUGUGCAACUGUAUUUUGGUGCAUUUUUGAACCUUGACAAUCAGGCGCAAAGGAAUGAAAUGCUUGUGGAAACUAGGAAAGGUUGACAGUAGAGAGUGUUGAGAAAGACUUCGUUUGUGAUAGCAGCAGCAUGCUACAUAAUGAAGAUUAAUGUCUGUUGCAUCCGAGACUCACCCCUAGUAAUUAAGGGAUGCUAAUGACAAUUAUGUAGCUCUGUGUGUCUGUAAUGUUGCCUGUGAUGCCAAUCAAACAGUGCUCGAAGCAUUUUCACUACCAUCUCCCUGUUAAUAUGACAUUUUAUAACAGUAGUUCUUAGAGACGACACUCUGACGACUGUAAGUUCACACAGAAGCUUCCUCAAAUUUCAUAACUCCCAAAACAAGUUCACUUUAUUUAAAAGAAUAAUUUGCUGUUAUGCUGCCGUGAUUUACCUGCUGCCUGAAAUCACUUCAUGUCCACAUGUCUGUCCCGUUAACAUUCCCCUGUAGCCUCCCAGUGUCUGUUGAAAAUGUACAGAUGUCUAUAUAUAGUUUAAAAUGAAAGAGUCCUGCUGUUGUAUAUUCCUCGUCAUCACUUCAUCGGACGAACAAAUGCUACUUUACUCCACCUGAAUCGGUCUGACCUUAACUCUGUGAUUGAAUAACGCAGAGAGCAGAACUUGAUAAGAAACACAGGGAAAAUAUUUUUUUGCCUUAUUUUUGUCAUAAAGUUUAAAGGUUGAGCUAAUCAGAACUGAUCAGAGGAUUAAAAGUUAUUGUAAACCUUUUUUUUAUAUAAGUUAUGCUCACGUUAUGAAUAUGUCUGUAUAUUUAUUGAGGUGAGUUAUGCAACAAUGUUUACAUUUCACAUCGCUGAUGUGAAGGCAACACUGUGAAUGUGUCAUCAACUUCUGAUUCAGUGUAUGAAUCACCAGUCUGUUAUGAAUUUUGUGCCCGUAUGUGUUUUGUUUUUUUAACUGACAUACGACAGACAGUUUUUAUACGUCACCUGACAAACAAAUUUGAAGAGUAUCUUUUUAGCUAUACUUUGGGAAGAGUCACAGCUUGUAUUAUAUUUACUUAAAUACCCCAGAUUAAGAUCCUCAUGUGGAGUGAGUAUGCAUUUCUGACCAUGGCUUUGGAAACUUUGUACAAAAUGGAAACUUUUAUAUCUUGCCACCUGGUUGUUUUUGUCAUUUUUAUAUGUUUGUAACAAAUAAAUUGUUUUAUUCCGAA